UAGCGCUGCCAUUUUCGUUUUGUGGCACGGUUGUAGCGGCGGUCGAAGUGAUUUUACUAUUGAUAACUUUAUGUUAUUUUCAAUUGUAAUUGCUCCAAAAGACAUUCAAUAUUGUGCUUUAAUCUAGUGAAAUUACUAAAUGACGUAGUUAAAUGUGCUAAUUGUAUGUAAUUGUUGACUUCCUUCGGUGGAUUUGUGAUGUCCAGAAGGUAGCCACAUCGCCAUGCCGCUGCCGAAGCGGUGCGUGGAGCCGGUACAUGUGUCACGUGGCACAGUGCCGGAGCGACUGGCCGUGCCGUCGGAGCUCGAAGCCGUCACUAAUGGCACCCUUGCAAAUACUGUCAGGCAGUUAUCCUCGUUGUCGAAACAUGCAGAGGAUAUGUUCGGUGAACUAACCCGAGAAGCGACUGGCCUCGCGGAAAGAACAAACAUUUUGCAAGCGAGGAUAGACAGGCUUGCUAUUAAGGUUACCCAAUUGGACUCUGGGGUGGAGGAAGUCUCUCUCCAAGAUAUACAAAUGCGAAAAGCCUUCCGCUCGACCCGUACGUUCCAACAGCAAUUGUUUGCGCGUACCUCGAUGCCGUCCGCCAUGUUGGCGACGUACGCGCGUUGUGAUCGCCCUCCGCCCCUGGAACGCCUAAACGAGUUUCGCGAUGAUGGAAGGGAUGCGAGGAAGUUCUACACUGAUCCGGAUUACUUCUUUGAGCUGUGGAGACGGGAGAUGCUGCAAGAUACGGAACGAAUUCAGCAUGAUAGGGGGAAGAAGGUGCGUCAGCCCCGUGCCAACAACACAGAAGGGCGUGGCACUCGGCGGGUGAGAGUCCCGCAUUCGACUCGCGACAGGCAAAAGGCGGAAGUCGUGAAUCGCGGUGAACACAUAAUGGCGCCUACGCAACUGCGACGGUACAAUAUUGAACCGCAGUAUCGGCCCGAGGCUUUAUACCAAGCUACAACAGUGACGGAUGGUGGUUAUCGCACGCCGCAGACUCGUGCCCCAAGCGUACAACCAGCUCGGCCUAAUUCCAUUGAAAUAGAGAACCAGCAGAAUAGGCCCCCGCGUCUUACUGGAAAUGGACAUGUGGUGAACGAUGAGAGCCCAUAUGGUCCAGUGGAGUCAAUCUACGGAGGAAGUAUUGCUGGUACACCAAGACGAGCGCGGCCUUCCAUCCCACCACCGGCACCACCUGCGCCUACCCAUAACGAAGUUCAUACACCCACUAGAUCGAGUCUGCCGCCGCCCCCACCACCACCUGAGAGCGUUUCUCCUCCGCCGGUCAACGGCGCCUCACCACCGCACCGCACGGCCCUUGACGCACAUCUUGACCAUAUGCACGCUGUCAUUGGCAUGAUGUCAUCCGAAGAGAGUCCGAUAGCAGCACCCACUCCUCCUCCGGCGCCACUGGCCCCACCCGCCCCGCCGCCGCCCGAAGACCGGCCACGCCCUCCGUCGCCUGCCACUCUGCUGCGAGGAGCCUCCGCCCUGAAGCCUCCCACGUUGGACCACCAUCCUGCCCCGGAUCCACGCUCCGAUCUCCUCAAAGCGAUACGGGAAGGUAUAAAACUCCGCAAGGUUGAUAAGCGUUGCGAGGAGAACGUGGGCAAAUACGAUACACUUAGGGGAGCACCCGCUUUACAUGAUGUGGCGUCUAUUCUGGCUCGUCGAGUCGCCGUGGAACAGAGCGAUUCCGAUGAAGAAGACGAUUCCGACCUGGACGAUGACGAGUGGGCCGACUGUCGCGCGUGACGUUGCGCCACCCCGCGGAAUGACGCGAAUUACAAGCCAGAGCCUGAAAAAAUCUUCGAAACACAGAAAAUAACCAAGACCGAUGAUAAAGUAUAUGAAACACAGAUAUUACAAGUCAAACAAGAUGAUAAGGUAUAUGAAACACAAAAGAUUCAAGUGAAACCUGAUGAUGCAAUCGUCUAUGAAACACAGAAAAUUGAAGUGAAGUCUGAAAGCCGAAACUCUUUUAAGAUCGACAAAGUCAAAGAAUCGCCUAGAAAUGAAGUCGCCGUCCCUGUUAGGAAGAGCAGCCUCAAGAAAAUCAAUGAUGACUCUCCUCCUCAGGAACCGUUACCUUCACCCCCCGUUAAAGCAAGAGAAAGUUCCCCAACUGUGAAAGAAAUUGCCAAAAAUUAUUCACCUCCCACCAAUUCUCCUAUUAAUAAGGAUGUACUAUCCCCUCCCUUUAAAAAUAGUGUCGCUUCGCCCCCAUGGAGCAAAGUCUCUCCUUUUAGAAAGGAGAUACACUCCCCUUCACCCGUCAGUAGCGC